AGAGUCACAGUUUGCUGUUCCCUGGUCUUCUAUCUACACCUUCGUCUUACCUACUCUCUGUAGGUUUUGGAAAUGGAGAGGUACUUGAAGAAGGACUUUGAUGUACAGUCCAAGCACUCAUCGGAAGCGGCGCUUAGGCGAUGGAGAUCUGCGGCCACAAUCGUCAAGAAUCGCCGGAGACGCUUCCGCGAUAUCGCAAAUCUCCACAUGCGAUCAGAGGCGGAAAAGAAGAAACUCAAAAUCCAGGAAAAAAUUCGAGUUGCUCUUUAUGUUCAAAAGGCGGCACUGCAGUUUAUUGAUGCUGGUGGUCGAGUUGAACACAGGCUCUCAGAAGAGGCAAGGGAAGCAGGCUUUGGUAUUGACCCAGAUGAACUUGCCUCCAUAGUUCGUGGCCAUGAUAUCAUGGGCUUGAAAGCCCAUGGUGGACUCGAAGGACUUGCAAGGAAAGUUCAUGUUUCACUUGAUGAAGGUGUGAAAUCAAGUGACAUAGCUACGAGGCAAAAUAUCUAUGGCCUCAACCGUUACACUGAGAAACCUUCAAGAACUUUUCUAAUGUUUGUGUGGGAUGCACUGCAUGACUUAACACUAAUCAUCCUUAUGAUUUGUGCUGUGAUUUCUAUAGGAGUAGGCCUUCCCACUGAAGGAUGGCCAGAGGGUAUGUAUAGUGGGGUAGGAAUCCUAGUUAGUAUAUUUUUGGUAGUCCUGGUUACUGCAAUCAGUGACUAUAGACAAUCUCUGCAAUUCAGGGAUCUGGAUAAGGAAAAGAAAAAGAUUUUUGUCCAGGUCACUAGAGAUGGAUAUAGACAAAAAAUUUCUAUUUAUGACUUGGUUGUUGGAGAUAUUGUUCAUUUAUCUAUAGGAGACCAAGUUCCUGCUGAUGGGGUUUUUAUAUCAGGAUACAGCUUGUUGAUUGAUGAGUCAGGCUUGUCUGGGGAGAGUGAACCAGUCCACAUAUCUGAAGAAAAACCGUUUUUUCUUUCAGGAACUAAAGUGACAGAUGGUUCAGGGAAGAUGCUGGUGACUACGGUUGGUAUGAGGACUGAAUGGGGAAAGUUAAUGGAAACUCUGACUGAGGGUGGGGAUGAUGAGACCCCGCUUCAGGUGAAGCUGAAUGGUGUUGCUACAAUUAUUGGUAAGAUUGGUUUGGCUUUUGCUGUGCUGACUUUUGUGGUCUUGGUUGUAAGGUUUCUCGUGGAAAAAGCACUUCGCAAAGAGUUCACAGAUUGGUCUUCAAGUGAUGCACUGACACUUCUGAACUAUUUUGCUAUUGCGGUAACUAUAAUUGUUGUUGCUGUUCCAGAAGGAUUACCAUUGGCAGUGACUUUGAGCCUUGCCUUUGCAAUGAAAAAAUUAAUGAAGGAGAAGGCACUUGUGAGACAUCUAUCUGCAUGUGAGACAAUGGGUUCUGCUAGUUGUAUUUGCACAGAUAAGACAGGAACAUUAACUACAAAUCACAUGGUAGUUCAUAAGAUAUGGAUCUGUGGAAAAGCUGAAGAGAUAAAAGGUAGUGAGAGUGCAGAUGGAUUGAAAUCAGAAAUAUCUGGAAGAGUUUCAAGCAUCCUUUUGCAGGCUAUAUUUCAAAAUACCAGUUCUGAGGUGGUCAAGGACAAAGAUGGAAAGAAUACCAUCUUAGGAACACCAACUGAGUCAGCAUUGCUAGAGUUUGGUUUGCUUUUAGGUGGUAAUUUUGAUGCACAACGCAAAGAAAAUAAGAUAGUUACAGUUGAGCCUUUCAAUUCUGUCAAGAAGAAGAUGUCUGUGCUUGUGGCUCUUCCUGAUGGCAGAAUCCGAGCUUUUUGUAAAGGUGCAUCUGAGAUAAUCUUAUCCAUGUGCAACAAGAUUGUUAAUUAUGAUGGAGAAUCUAUUCCUCUCUCGGAAGUACAGGAAAGGAAUAUUACUGAUAUUAUAAAUGGUUUUGCAUCUGAAGCCUUGAGAACCCUCUGCUUGGCUUUCAAAGAUUUGGAUGAUCCUUCCAAUGAAAAUGACAUCCCAACUUAUGGCUAUACGUUGAUAAUGGUUGUUGGGAUUAAGGAUCCAACGCGUCCUGGGGUCAAAGAUGCUGUUCAAACUUGUUUAGCAGCUGGAAUUGCUGUCCGGAUGGUCACUGGUGACAAUAUAAACACAGCCAAAGCUAUAGCUAAAGAAUGUGGCAUACUAACAGAGGAUGGUUUGGCCAUAGAAGGACCUGAAUUUCACAGCAUGAGUCUUGAGGAGAUGAGGAAAAUAAUACCAAAAAUUCAGGUCAUGGCUCGGUCUUUGCCUUCAGACAAGCACACUUUGGUAACCCAUCUCAGGAAAUUGUAUGGUGAGGUUGUUGCAGUGACAGGUGAUGGGACAAAUGAUGCACCGGCUUUGCAUGAGGCUGACAUUGGGCUUGCCAUGGGCAUAGCUGGAACAGAGGUUGCCAAAGAAAAUGCUGAUGUCAUCAUAAUGGACGAUAAUUUUGCCACUAUAGUAAAUGUAGCCAAAUGGGGCCGUGCAGUAUAUAUAAACAUUCAAAAGUUUGUGCAGUUCCAGUUGACCGUUAAUGUGGUUGCGCUUGUAGUAAAUUUUGUUUCUGCGUGCAUCUCAGGAUCUGCCCCCUUUACGGCUGUCCAGUUGCUUUGGGUCAACUUGAUUAUGGACACUCUCGGUGCAUUGGCAUUGGCGACAGAACCUCCAAACAAUGCGCUAAUGGAAAGGCCUCCUGUUGGGAGGAGUGUGAGUUUUAUCACCAAGACCAUGUGGAGGAAUAUUAUCGGUCAGAGUAUAUAUCAACUGAUCGUCAUCGGAGUCAUCAGUGUUUAUGGGAAGCGGCUUUUGAGACUUAGUGGUUCAGAUGCAAGUGAUAUCAUUGAUACUUUCAUAUUCAACACCUUUGUGUUCUGCCAGCUGUUCAAUGAAAUAAACAGCCGUGAUAUUGAGAAGAUAAACAUUUUUCGUGGUAUGUUUGACAGCUGGAUAUUUAUCAUAGUCAUGGUCUGCACAGUGGCAUUCCAAAUAAUUAUAGUUGAGCUCCUGGGCACCUUUGCAAGCACUGUGCCCCAAAGUUGGCAACUAUGGAUAUUGAGCAUCUUGAUCGGAGCGGUAGGCAUGCCUGUUGCAGUUGUUUUAAAAUGCAUCCCUGUUUCAAUCCCAGUUGAAACAGGCAGUUUUAAGCAGCAUGAUGAUUACGAGGCACUACCUAGUGGACCAGAACAGGCAUGAGGAGAAAGAUUUCUAAUGCCGUGAUUCUGAGCUCUGGUAAGAAUUAGUGAAGGUGAAUUGGGUAGAGUGGUUAGGCGUGCUUCACAUGUAUUUGAGGGAAAGCAAAACAAAGGUGAAUACAUCACGCCAUGCCUUUCUUCUUUGUUUUGUUUUCCCUCAAAAACAUGUAAAAUAAGCACUAUACUUAUUUCACCUCCGCCACCUUCUCUCCAGAGCUCAGAAACAGGAACUAGAAAAAUCAACCCAACCCUACAUCACACAAUAUUGGUCUUUUCUUACUUCCCUUUGUUUUCUCUCAAAUAUAUGUGAAACAGGUCAAUUAAAAUUCUAUCCCAACACCCAUUGAAGUAGUUCUAUCUCUUGAUGUUCAAAAUGCUAUUGUAAGUUCCUAACAAACUAGAGCUUCCGGUUCAUUUGGAUUGCAGUUGUUCCGCUGUUCCUUUUUGCCUGCCACUGCGGUAAGCAAUUUUGUUCAAGCAUUUGAGGAUUUUCAGUAUAAUAAAAUUUUGUUGUGACUUAACAAUAGUAUGUUAUUAUCAAUUCUGAAAUCCCCAUUUGAAGGUUGGAGUAUGAA